CAGAGGGCGCACGCACUUUUACGCGUGACGGAAAUACAUUGAUUUUUUUUAUGUUAUCAACAAAAACGUUAAAAAUAAUUUCGGAGUUUGUGGACUUUGAGAAGAAGGGCAGUGGAGGAGGAGGAUGGAUGCGCUCCCAUUUUUGCACACAACGGAGAUAAGUCGUGCGUAAAAAGUGGACUUUUUUUAAGGAGCCGUCACUCUGUUCCCACCUGGUUGCAGGUGGACAUCUACUAUGACAUUGGGCUCGGAGAUCAUGGAGGAUAUUGUUAUCGACGUGGUGGGGGAAGGCUUCAGAGAUAACGCAGAGGAGCAGCUCCUACCGCCGGAUGAGCUGGAGCGCACCGUGGAGCGGGACUCAUGCAGCCCCACGCAAGCGUGUCCCCCUCCCGCUAAAACGAAAAGUCCCACGUCGGUGAAGCCUCCGUACUCAUACAUCGCUCUCAUCACCAUGGCCAUCUUGCAGAGCCCAAAGAAACGUCUCACUCUCAGCGAGAUCUGCGACUUUAUCAGCCACCGCUUCGUUUAUUACCGGGAGAAGUUCCCGGCUUGGCAGAACUCGAUCAGACACAACUUGUCGCUUAAUGACUGCUUUAUAAAGAUGCCCAGAGAGCCUGGCAACCCCGGGAAGGGCAACUAUUGGACCCUAGACCCGAACUCCUCAGAUAUGUUUGAGAAUGGGAGCUUUCUGCGCAGGAGGAAGCGGUUCAAGCGGCAACAUUUCCGCUACGAUCCCCUCAAGGAGCACCAUGUGGAACCCGGUGUACUGCACGCCGUUCCACAUGGACACUACGGGCUCGGAGCACCGGUCCUCCAGCUUCCCAGUCUGGAUAUUUACCCUUACAUGCAUCAUCACCAUCAUCACCAUCAUGCACCCCCCGCCGCCACCAUCCCACCUGUCAGCAGCAUCCUGCCAGCUCUCUCCAACUUCUUCUCCCGCAGCGCCCUCACAGCCAAGGCUUUCCUCCAGGCGCAGCCCGCCAUCGAAGCCUUCUCGGCGGCUCACUGCACCGCCUACUCCGCUCCUCUCACUCCCGCAGCAGCUUUCACGUCACCGGCGCUUUUCCACCCUGCGGUGUCCCCUCACCUGGUCACCUUGCAGCAGGAGUAUCAGAAGUUACACACGCAGCGUCAUGGAACACCUGAAGUGGCAGCUAAACACCUGAGUGAUGACAAUGAAUAAACUGACGGAUGCACGCAGGACUUGAAUUUUCUCAGGUAACAAAGACAUUGAAUCAGUAGCACGGAGGGUUUGUUUUUUUUUUUACAUAAAAAUGUUUUAUACGUGAUAGAACCAUGCAUUUUCUUUCUUUUUUUUUUUUUUUUACUAAAUUGGGAUAAAUGUAGAGUACAUUUUAACUGGAUGUCAUCCUGGAAAUAAAUAAAAAAUGGAUUCUAAACACGCAA